GUUUUUUCCCCUAACAGAUAACGCCGAAAUAGAUAGGUAACAUAGUUACAAACGAUAAGUCAAUGUUUAGCCCGAUAUACGCAGCUGUUCGUUUUGCCAAUAUUCGUAGGACAUGCUUGUGCUCUGACGUUGUCAUUAUAUGCUGCGUUACAGUUAUUGUAUCUAAUACAACAACAAAUGGUGUCAUGAUGAUGAUGAAAGCUGCACAGUUCAAAGCUGGUGGACCCGAUGGUUUAUAUAUUGGAGAAGUACCAGUGCCUACACCAGUUGAAAAAGAAGUACUUAUCAAAGUAGUUUCUAGUGCUAUCAACAGAGCUGAUACUUUACAAAGAAAAGGUUUAUAUCCACCGCCACCAGGAGCAAGUGAUAUAUUAGGACUCGAAGCUGUUGGUAUUGUACAACAGCUUGGUACUGGUUGUACUAGAUGGAAUGUUGGUGACCCCGUAAUGGCGUUGCUUCCAGGUGGAGGAAAUGCUGAAUAUGUGACAGCACAUGAAGAUCUUUUGAUGAAAAUACCAGAUUCAAUGAAUUUUACCACAGCAGCAGCUAUUCCUGAAGUUUGGUUAACUGCAUUCCAGUUGUUACACACCAUUGGAAAAGUUACAAAAGGAGAACGUGUUUUAAUUCAUGGUGGAGGAAGUGGAGUGGGUACAGCUUUAAUACAGCUUGUUAAGCUGGCAGACGGCAUUCCUAUAGUUACUGCUGGCUCUCAACAAAAACUGGAGAAAGCAAAAAGUCUAGGAGCCGUAGCAGGAUUUAAUUACAAGUCAGAAAAUUUUAGUGAUGGCGUUCUGGCAGCAACUUCCGGUAAAGGUGUAGAUAUUAUUUUAGAUUGUGUUGGAGGAAGCUUUUAUGAACAGAAUAUAGAAGUUAUUGCCAUGGAAGGAAGAUGGGUUCUUUAUGGUUUGAUGGGAGGAGGGAGUAUAAAUGGUGACAUGUUAAGUAAACUUUUACGAAAAAGAAUAUCUAUUACAGGUACUACUUUACGUACAAGGUCUAUAGAGUAUAAACGAGAGUUGAUCAGUAAUUUCACCCGAGUUGCCAUGCCACACUUUGAAUCAGGUUAUCUUCAAGUUGUUAUUGACACUAUCUUUCCGUUAGAUAAGUUAUCGAAAGCUCACGCCAUGAUGGAAUCUAACACAAACAACGGUAAAAUCCUCAUACAAAUCAACAAGAAUAACAAAGAUGAACUGUAAGCCUUUGGUACAAAAUUUUUGUAUUCAUCAAUAAACAUUUAUAUGAUUUGUACAAUGAUGAUCGAAGAUAAAAAUACAAAGAAAACUGUUAUAAAUUUCACAAUUUUGAACGUUUCCUGAAAACAAAUGUAUAACAGUCGAACAUUUAAUAAAUCAAUGUGUUAGACUGUAUGGUAUCUAAAUAGUUUUUAAAGCCAAAUUAUGAAUAGAAUGUAAUUGUACACCUUUAUAAUAUAAAAACACUUGAAUAUUCAUUUUAGAUUAGCUCUCAGUUGUAAAAUAUUUGAUUUUGUUAAAUGUGCCGAGCCCAUCUAGUUAAAACUCAGAUCCUAUUUCGUUUCGUUCUUAUAGUUCAAAAUUUCGUUUUACUUGUCUUUACUACACUUGGAUCUGGAAUAGUUGUUAUUUAACUCGUGUUCUGAAUGGUGUCAGGGAUAAGCCAAUGAAACGGUCUGUUACGGCGAGCUUUAGGCGUGUUUUUCACGGAAAUGUGGGUAAUCCACUAGUAACAUCAAUGCUGAUUGGUUAAUCAAAUGUCUGACGUCAUAGGGUCAUAAGUCGGUCUUUUGACCCCUGACGUGACCUAUCGCUAUAUCUUGUCAGAUCUUCAUGUAGUCUAGGCCAUCGAAAGUAUAAAAAAAACGAAACGAAAUAUAGAUCUGUAUUUUAAUCAGAUUGGUGCCGAGCAAACAAUGUGAACGUGUAUGAGAGUAGUAUGGACAAACAACUAUUUCAUACUAAUAUGAUUGUCCAAUUUAAUGGAAUUUGUCAUGUUCAAUAAUUAUAUAAUUAUGUUUCAUGUUUAACCGUCCCGGGAAUUCGACAAACCACAAGAAUGUCAGAAAACCAAACUUUGAUAAUUUCAACUGUACAGUUAAAUGUUAGCAAACCUUUCUACUUCUGUUUGGUGGACAUCUCCAAGCACCAUUAUCGUAACAGAUACAUGUAUACUGUAUACAUUGUUCUGUAUAACCAAAUAGACGAGUGAAAUAUGUUUUAUUACCAACCUCACAUCCUGAAAAAAGUACAAACGUAAAAGUCGAUUCGCAACAGCAAUUUGCAUGCUCACAACACAAAGUACAAGGUUACGAUAAACCUACAGUAAUUGGGCACUAUAUAAAUUUAUAGGUAACAUGUGUACGUACCUCUAGGCGUCUGUUUGUCCGCUGUUUUGUCAGGACUAUCUUUUAUACCGCCAAGUUCACAAGUAUUGAUUGAUCUAUCCACAGGACAGGUCCAGUUCCCAUUACAUUCACAAUCACAUAAAUACUCUGUACAGCCUUGGCGAAGAUUGAAUGUGCUCUUGGAUUUAAUGACCUUAGAUUCAAUAACACAAGGUCGACAUCUUGAUGACACGGAUGCAACUUUUUCACAUAUAUCAACACUUCUUCCUGGUGGACAACUCCAUUUUCCAUCGCAGCUACACAUACAAUUAAACCGCCAGCAUCCUUCUCUGUAGUUAAAAGGACUCCCACCAGGAUAUGAUUGAUUAUUUACCAGACACUCCCUGCAGCCAUCUAUUCUGUAGUCUGGAGAUCGACACAUGUUUUCAGUUUUAUCAGGAGGACAUUCCCAGCUACCGUUGCAGAAACACUUACAAUUGUACUGUGAGCACCCCUCUCGAAAUUCAAAAUCCGAGUUACUCAUGUAGGUUAUUCCAUUUACAGCACAUUCUUUACAGCUAGACUUCUCAUUUACAGUUCUUGUGCUGGACUCACAUACGUUGAUUGUGGAGUUAUUGGGGCAUCGCCAUGUUCCAUCACAAUUACAAACACAUGUAUGUUGGUGACAUCCUU